GAUAACCGUUCCAGAGUGAGAAACGCACGACGAGUGGAGCUCGCUAUCCCGAAAAUCAGUGCUGUGUUUACGAUAAGCUUAAAAGGACUGUAAGUGCUAUAUUGUUUAGAGUAUCGCUCACAUGUUUUAAACGCGAUUUGAGCAGUGCUAAUAGUUAAUCGAACUAGCCUUACACCAAGCGAAUACCCACAUCUACCACGUGUCGACAAAGUGUAACAAGCAGAGACAAUGGGAAAGAAGAACUCCAAACUAAAACAAGAUACCAUCGAUCGUCUAACGACUGCAACCUACUUUACAGAGAAAGAAAUUCGACAAUGGCAUAAAGGAUUUUUGAAGGACUGUCCGAACGGUCUCUUAACAGAGCAGGGUUUCAUUAAAAUAUAUAAACAGUUCUUCCCACAAGGCGAUCCCAGUAAAUUUGCAUCUCUUGUCUUCAGAGUUUUCGAUGAAAAUAAUGAUGGUUCAAUAGAAUUUGAAGAGUUUAUCAGGGCACUAUCUAUAACAUCACGAGGAAACCUUGAUGAAAAGUUACAUUGGGCGUUCCGAUUGUAUGAUGUUGACAAUGAUGGUUUCAUAACGCGAGAUGAAAUGUACAACAUUGUCGAUGCAAUAUACCAAAUGGUGGGUCAGCAACCACAGACCGAGGACGAUAAUACACCGCAAAAGCGAGUGGACAAAAUCUUCGACCAGAUGGAUAAGAAUCACGACGAUAGGCUAACGCUGGAAGAGUUCCGCGAGGGUAGUAAGGCAGAUCCCAGGAUUGUACAGGCUUUGAGUUUAGGCGGUGAUUAACCGAACGACGAACUGCGGGACGAUGAGCAAAUCCCGCCACGUUCAUAUUGCUACGAUGUGAAGCAUAACAUCGAAAUUAAUCGCAGCAACGCACUAUUUGUAUUGAUUU